AGUUCUGUUGGCAGCGCUGCUGGCGUCGUCUUGAUUUCUUCCAAUCUAGGCUGCGAAGCAACAGCAAAAAAUCGCAAUCGUAUAUACCGUUAGGCCAACUACCGAACUACCUACCCAUACAGCCAGCCAGUCGUGGUGUCAAGUGCAGAGUGCAGAGCGCUGCUCGCUGCUCGUAUCGCUGCUGCUGCUGCCAGCGUCGCUGCAAAUCUGCUUGUGUUGAGAUUCACUCUCAGCUCAGACGACGACGACGACGCUGGCGCCGGCGUCAGGUUGAAAGCGCGUUCCAUGAGCGCUUCCACUCAGCACAGCGCAGCACCCAGCAACCGGCCGUGAUUAACUUUUACGGGUUUUUAGUUCGCUCGAUGACGCCGAACCCAACAGUAAUGCUUAGCAGCAGCUUCUAAAACGCGCGCGUUAGCCCAACUACCAAAAAAAAAGAGAUUAAAAAAAAAACAAAAAACUGAACUUAAAUCUGUGCUGUGCUUCCGUUUCCCAUGCCGUCGGUUUACGCUUUUGCGUUAGCAGCGUGCUAAAGCUUAAAUAAUAAUAUAUAUAGCAGUCGAAAAAAAAAAUUAUAAACUCAUGAACGUUGCCAAAAUGCAAACGGCUCAGCAUCAGCAUUUGCUGCAUCUGGCCGCCUCCGCUGCCCCGCCCACACAGCAACAUCAUCUGCCCAUUGACUAUAGUCUGGGCAACUUUAAGCCCGCCAUUGCUGCAGAUUUUCCCGGCGGCCCAUUCGUUGCCAGCCCACAGCAAUCUUCCUCCAAUUCCAAUUCGAACAACUCGCCAGCGAGCUCAUCGCUGCAGGUGCGCGAUCUGAGCCAGCUGACCACCAUGGCGGCCAUACCGUCACCCAAUCAGCUGCUGCAUCAACGCAUUCAGCCUGCCCAGAUCACAGUCGAUGCACAUCAGCAGCACCAGCAGCAACAUCAACACCAGCAACAGUUACCGCCGGCAGCAGCAACAUCGCCACAUGAGUAUGCACCCAUGUCCGCCUUCAAGGCGGUGCUGCCAAAGAAACGCAACACCGACGAUACAACUCUGCCCUUUAGCAUAAGCAGACUGGUCAAGACUGAACAAUUAACAGCGGCAAUGGCUGCAGCCGCGGCGCUGAAGCCGCCAGCGUUGAGCAUUCAUGCUCUGAGCCUCACCGAGGACAACAACAAUUCCAUAUCCAUGCUGAGCAAGAAUCAUCAACAGCAGCAGCAGCAGCAACAGUUGCAGCCACGUGGCAAACUUUAUCUCAGCGCCAGCGAGCAGCUGCGUCAAUCUCGCUCCAGAUCGCGCUCGCGUUCACGCAGCGCCUCACACUGUUCCUCACAGAUCGACAUGGACGAUGCGGACAGCAGCCAUGAGCGUUACUCGCGUCACUCGCGUCGCUCGCUGCACUCGCGUUCCCGCUCUAGAUCGCGCUCCAGCUCCAGUUCGUCGGUCGAACUGCAGGUGGAUUCACCGCCUGGCAGUCCCAGCAUUAGUUCACCCAGUGCCGCCUCCGUUUCCGCCUCCGAGCUGCUCAUCACUGCCAACAGCAGCAGCAUUAACAAAAAGUCCGAUGUCUUCUCUGUCUCGGCGCUGCUGCGACGCGAUGAGCCCGCCACGCGGCGUCGCAGUCCACCUCUGGGCUUGGUCGGCGCCACCAAUGGCCCCUUGACGCUGCCCAGCAAUCCGCUCGAGGUUAUGCGCCAAAGCUAUCCGGCUAACUACGAUGCGGCCAUGUUUCCACGUUCAAUCUUCUCGCCCGCACUGCCCUUUUUCGCCUUUGCCUUUCACCAGGGACAGCAGCAGCAGCAGCAUGCAGUACUAACCCAACAUAAUCUCUCCGGCUCCAGCUACCAUCCGGAUUCGCAGGAAAAUCUCUUUCGUCUACGCAGUCUGAUGGUGCCAAUUCAAACGGCCGCUGCGGCUGGUGGACAAAAUGGUUCCUCGGCUGCGGCAGCAGCAGCAGCAGCCGCCGCCGCAGCGGCCGUCGGCGUGGGCGUGCCACCUGGCGCCGGACACUUGGGUCUGGCACAUCCGCCGCAUUUGCACUUUCAUCACAUGCCGGGCAAGUGGCCGGGUCUGCAUCAGUUUAGCGACCUCUACUCCUGCAUGAAGUGCGAGAAAAUGUUCAGCACGCCGCACGGACUCGAGGUGCACUCGCGCCGCACCCAUCACGGCAAGAAGCCCUACGCCUGCGAGUUGUGCAACAAGACCUUUGGCCACGAGGUCAGCCUCAGCCAGCACAGGGCCGUGCACAAUGUGGAGAAGGUCUUCGAGUGCAAACAGUGCGGCAAGCGCUUCAAGCGCUCCAGCACUCUAUCCACACAUCUGCUUAUACACAGCGACACGAGGCCUUAUCCCUGCAGCUACUGCGGCAAGCGAUUCCAUCAAAAGAGUGAUAUGAAGAAGCACACCUAUAUACACACCGGUGAAAAACCACACAAGUGUCAGGUGUGCGGCAAAGCCUUUAGCCAGAGCUCCAACCUGAUAACGCACUCCCGCAAGCACACUGGCUAUAAGCCCUUCAGCUGCAAGCUCUGCCACAAGUCCUUUCAGCGCAAGGUGGAUCUGCGUCGCCACAAGGAGACCCAGCACACCGAUCUGCGUGUGCAUCUGGGCAAAGUGGACUUUAUGUCUGCCGCUGCAGCUGCCGCCGCUGCUGCUGAGCUAAAUGCUGCGCCACCGCCGCCGCCGCAAGCGCCACCUACAGCACCAUCUACAUCUUGACUGCAGAAGCCGCAACAGUUAACGCUGCUGGCCUAAAAAAAAGAGAAAUUUAAGUAACAACUUUAACAAAGUUGUUAGAAUUUGCAUAGCUUAAGCUACAAACCAAAAAAUAAAUUAACAAACUAUAUGCAGUAACUUUCCAUGUUGCCAAAGUUAACCCAAAGCCAACCCAAAAAAUAGCAACAAAUUCACACUUACCAUUUGUUUUUAAUUGUAAAUUAAAUGUGCAUGUGUUUUUUGUAUAAUUGUCUUUCUCUACGUGUGCAAAACUCAUAAUAAAAAU